AUGAUAGAUAUGGACAGUUUGAAAUCCCGAAAAAGCAUUUUACUAACUUCCCCUAUUGACUCAAAAAAGCGUAAAGUGAUUGAUCCCGAAAGCGCAGCAGUUUUAAAGCAACUAACUGAAAUAGCUGAAGCUGCUCAAGAUGCUGAAGAUGAUUUUAGUUUCCUCAGAACAAAAGAAAGGUAUUUCACGCCUCAAAAUCAGAGAAAAAAUCAAGGUUCUUCAUUUAAAUACGAGCAAAAGCGCUUAAAAAGACUUAAAGAGAUUCCUCCUGAAGAAAAAGGGCAUUACUUGUACAAAUUUAUCAAUUCUUUGAAAUCAUAUCCCGAUAUUUAUGAUCAAUUAGUUAAACAGGCAUUUGAUCGCGGCAUUCUUUUUCCAAAAAAAAACUUAUCUUCAUCAUAUUACUAUAACUAUAUUUAUCCUACAAACAGAAUUCAACUAGACCCACUACCCAAAACACCAGAUGGUAAUUUGACAGCUCCUUUAAAUGUAACACCAGCUGAUAAAAUUAUGAGUCAUCAAUUGUCAAGCCAUUCAGGAAGUGAAAAAGAGUAUACAAUUCCUAUUACGACUACAAGAAGAGGAGGAGUCCUUGAGCAAUAUUUUAGGAAUGCAAAUUUAAGGAUCGUUCGUGGAGGUGAUUAUAAAGACCUAAGUCCAAUGACUGCAGAAACCAAAAGAAGCAGAGCAAAUUCAUCACUAAGUCGAGUUCAAAGCCGACCUGGAAGCAGACUGAGGAGAAUUGCAGGUUUCAAAGAGCAUGUUUUGGACCCUGAAAAUCAAAAUUUAAGAAAAAUUUUCCAAACUAUUUCAGGUAAUCUGGAUGGGCUUUUUCGUCAUUGUAGAGUGAGUAAUCAACUGUUUAAGCAAUUUCUAGAGAAAAAAUAUCCUAAAGAAAUGGUGGAUACAAUGGGUAAAUAUUUUGAUUUCAAACUUGGAACUUUUGAAGACUAUGUUGGGGAAAUGGAAAGAUUUAUUAUGAUGGGUGAAGAAAGGCAACUUUAUUUUUGUUUUGAUAUAUUGGAUUUUAACAAAGACAAAUUUAUAUGCUACCAAGACACUUAUAAAGCAAUUUCACUGAGGACUGAAAAUUUUUUUGAUGAAGAUCUUAUUAAAAUACAAGAACUGUUUAUUUUAAAAUCACAAGGCCUUCUUGUCACAACUGAGAAAAGAUUUAAAAGAAAAAAGCCCAGCACUUUUAAUCUUACUCCCCCCUCCGUGAGUGAACAAAGCCAUUAGAAAAAUCCCUAUUUUUUGCCCAAAAGCCCACCCUCUGUGAGUGAACAAAAAUUGUUUUAAUAGAAAAUUUUUUAUGAAAAAAAAAAAUUGAUAUAAUAGUGAUUAAUUAGUAUAAUGAAAUCUCGAGCUAAAUCUGUUUAAUUUUAAACAAAUUGCGUUUUAAAACAUAAAUUUUACACAAAUUAAACUAAUAUUUGCUUUCCAAUUUUUAUAGAAUUAAGUUUUUUUAAAUUUUGAAAAAAAAACUUUUAUAAAAAAUUUAUAUAUAAAUUUUUAUAAAAAAACAAAUUAACCCCCCUCCGUGAGUGAACAAAAUUUUUUUGUUACUCACGGAGGGGGGGAGUUAGCAAUGAAUUACUUAUGGAAGAAGAGGAAGCUAAAGCAAAGCUAAAACAAAAAAGCUAUGUUCAUCCAGAAAAAGAGGAAGCAAUAUGCUUUGAGGAUUUUUUAAGAAUCAAUUUUGGAGGGCGGCCCCAACUUUUGCUUCAUUUUUUGGACUACACUUGCAAUUACAAUUAUUUAAAAGCCUUAGGCCUCCAGUUCAACCUACAGCCUCUUUCCAAAAAGAACUCAGAAAUCAUUGUUGUCGAAAUGAACCAGAAUAGUGAAGUACUAGAAAACGUCCUUAGAGACGAGAGCAGAUACAUUUAUCUUAAAGAGCUUGAAGACGCCAUGUCAUUAUUUACUACAGAAACUGUUUACGAUUUAAUGGCAAAGUUUAAUUAUCUGAAGAGCCCAGACUAUAAGAACAUAAAAGUGAUUUCCAAAAAAUCCAUGAUUGAGAAGUUUGUAAUGAAUAAUUAGCCAGAUUUAUUCGGAGUCAAGUGUGACUAUAUUUCAGAGCGGUUUUAUGAUUUUCUUUCAGGACCUGGACGCCAUGAUGUCACAAAGUCAAGAUUCAUGAAAAUUGCCAAUUCCUUAACAGAAGUAAAGAGCAAUUCUAGAAGCCAAAAACUUUCAUUUGAUUUAUAUGAUGUAAGGGCUGAUGAAAAAAUCACAGCAGAUGAGAUUUAUAAGAUGUUUCAGAGUCUGCCAAUCAGAUCUCCAGCCUAUGACGAAUGCUUAAAGUAAACUGUAUUUAGGAUUGUGAAUGAGUUUUUAGCAAGCAUUUUUGGAAGGAGGCAUAAGCCGAUAUCAUUUAUUGAUAUAUACAAAUUCAACGAGCUGGUUGAGACAUCUGUUUUCGGAAAAGAGUUUAUAGAAUUUUUCGAAGUCCCUUUCGAAAAGCUUAAGGACCGAACCAAUUAUGGAUUUCUCCCAAGUAAAGAUGUUUCAGAAGAAGAUUUGAAACAAAGACGAGUAAGCAUGACAGUUUUGAGAAACGCAUCCAGACAAAGACUAGAUAGUGAUGAAGAAUUUCAAGAAUAA